AUGGAAGGCACCAAAGAGAACCUUGAAAAGGGUGACCAAGCAUUGGACCAAAUGAAAAAGUGGACAGGAGUGUGUCUAACGUGGUCGUAUUUGGGUGAGGCAAUGGGAAGUGAAGAAGAGAGGGUUCUUGAGAACCAACUCGAACUUCAAUUGCAAGAGCAAAGGGAUUCCCUCUCUGCUAUCGAUCAAGCUAUCCUCUCUGAUCCAACCAACCCUGAGCUUCUCGCGGUUCAUCAGGAGCUUGUCCAGGCAAUUAAGGAUGCAGAAGAAGGACUUUUUCACCUAAAACGGGCACGAUUGUUACAGGAAGCAGAUGCAGUGCUGCAUAACACUAAUAUUUUUACUGAGGGGGAGAAAGUGGAACUCCUUGAUCCCACAGAUGUUGAACCAGAGCCAUUGGAGGAAAACUGCCAUUCUGUUGGAUCUAAAUGUAGAUUCCGUUACAAAGAUGGGCGCUGGUACAAUGGGCAAGUUGUGCAGUUGGAUAAUUCAGUGGCAAAAGUUUCAUUCCUUACUCCUACAUCUGAAAAUAUGCUGAAGAAAAGGCAAAUGGUAAGAGCGAGGUCGAUUCUAUUUGUUUUGGGAGGGAUAGAUGGUGCGGUCCAAGGUUGCAUUGGUAGACAUAAGAGUGGAGGCGUUGGAGUGCGAGCUCCAAGAGAUGAGGGUAGAAGGACGAAAUUAGAUGUAAAAUUGCGCAAAUGUUUGAGAACCAUCAACAAAGAUGAAAGGAGAGAUUGCCUCAACGAAAGUGCAGAGGAAGCCAAGAAUGAGGUUGCACACCCUCGUGCUCAAUAUUGCAGUGGAGUGGGGGCAAUCAUGUGUGAUGACAUCAUAUCGAUGAUUGAGAAUAAACCCAAUGUAGGGGGUGUGGAUAGUAUAAAACUAGAAUUGGGGAAAAGAUUGAUGCAGGAGAAGUUGAGGGGAUUGAGCAGGAAGGGGUUGUUCUUCAAGUGUGGAGAAAGUGAAUUAGAGAAAAGGGAGAAAAAAGUAGAAGAGGUGAAAGUGCUGCAACUAUCCUUGAAAAGCACUCAAGAGGAACUAGGAUUGGAGUUGUAUACAACUCUAAAACACACUGUGGAGGUAGGAAAUAGGGAUCAACUGGUGCAAAAAAGGUGCUGCAAGGCAUUGAAGUUGCAGGUCCAAGGCAUUGAACUGGAACAAAAUUUUUUUGAUAACCUUAGGAGGUUUGGAGGUGGUAUUAGGGAUGGAGUGGUUAUCUGCGAGGGUAUUGAUGCAAAUAUGAGUGAGAAGGUCGUGAAGGGGCCUAACAGAUUUGCCAAAGUAUAUUCUAGAAGGCCUAAACAAGGGAUGUGCAAGUUCUUUUUACAACAAAGAUGUCGAUUUGGUAGUAACUGUCGCCUAUCACAUGGAGUUGAUGUUCACUUGUCCGCUCUUAAGAAAUUUGUCCCUACAAUAUGGAAGCAGUCCCUUGUCGGGUCAAGCAUAUGGGCAGUCUCAACUGCAAAAGCAGGUACUUGGAGAGAAGCUGAGCUCGAGUCCUGGGACGAAAAGGCUGGAGUUGGACAAGUUGUUUUCCGAGAUGAUGGGAGUUCUGUGAAACUUGGUGCAGAAGAAAUGGCAUUGUCUGAGCAUGCAGAAGUGAGUGACUCAGAGAGUGAUUCCAGCUUACAGGAAUCUGAGUCCAGUGACUACGAGGAGGAUGAGGAAUCACAAGGUUUAGGAUUUCUGGAGAGUACCAAACAACAGAGAGGAGUUCAAACCGAAACUGCAAAAUUUGCGACAUGGGAAAACCACACUAGAGGCAUAGCUUCCAAAAUGAUGGCUAGUAUGGGGUACAUUGAAGGAAAGGGUCUAGGAGUAACGGGUCAGGGAAUGCUGAACCCCAUACCAGUGAAGGUCUUACCACCAAAGCAGUCUUUAGAUCAUGCACUCGAGUCUCAUAAAAUGGAAGAGAACCAAGAGAAGCAAUGCAAGAAGAAACGGAGCCGAGGUGGCAAAAGAAAACGCGACAAGAAAUUUGCAGAAGCAAAUCGUGCAGCAAAAGAGGAAGAGGAGUCGACAUCAGAUGUCUUUGCAUUGAUAAACAAUCAGCUGUCAAUGCACAACGAUGCUUUCGGUGGUGGAUCAAUGAAGAAGCAGCAAAGUAAAGGUUCUGAGGAAGGUAAAAAGGUGGAUAGACGGGCAUUGGUUGCUUAUGAGGAAGAGGUGAAGGAUUUGAAGAUGAGAGUUGAAAAGCUUGAGCAAAUUGUGAAUGCCAAUAAGAAAGAGAAGGCUGUGUAUGAAGCUGCCAUGAGAAAAUUAAAUGAAACCCGCAAGGCCUUGGCUGAUGCUGAAGCAGUUCAUGCCUCUGCCUCAAAUGCAGUUGUUAGCAAAGAAAAAGAAAAGAGAUGGCUCAAGUUUUAG